AUAAGCACAGUAUAACAUUGGCUAUCGCGUUACAUCUUACCGCGCAAGCGUUUCGGCAUCCAGUCAAAUCCAGUGUGUAGGAACCAUAAAAUGCCAUUUUGACAUAGAAACUAGAAGUGUAAACGCUGUAAACAUCGCUCGCUGCCACGAGUUCCACGCCGCACGUGCUCGCACAUUUGCUACAAUAUUUAAAUGAUACAAGAAUUGAUAAGAAUGGAAUAAGACGAAUACUAGAAAAUACGUCUGGACUUCUGGCCUUAUUUGGAAAUUCAGAAACGCUAAAGAAAUCUAGUACUGAGAUCCAUUGGGAUCCUGAAAUCCGAAGACAAUUAAGAAGAAGACAAAUAAAUGAACAUGAACGAACAGGAGAUGUUGAGCACAUUUCGUGCCCUGCGAAUAUCGAAGCAAAAAGGUGAGCUCGACAUUGAUGAUGAAUUCGCAGAGUGGUGCAAAUGGCGAGGUAUCUUGGAUUACAGUACUUUGAAUGAGUGCCUUUGGCAUUAUAGCGAAGAGUGCAAAUUGGAGAUGUUAGCACUCUUAGUGGAAUCAAAGAAAAGCACGUUACGAUUUACGCACCACGAACUUGAUAUAAUUUUGCAAUUUUUGCAAUAUAAUUUGGGUGAGAAGAUGGAAUAUGUACCUUUAAUUAAAAAGGCCUUAAAACGGCUGAAAGAUAGUUUGGCUGUUUUGCGGAGACAAUUGUCUCACGAAGAAAAGAUGAGAAAUCGUUACAACGAACAAAACACUCUAGUCGAGUCUUGUCGAACAGUUGAAAAACAAUUUUUGCACGAAAUUAAUCUAAUACGUAAUGUGAGGGAUUACGUUAAUUUUUUUGUAAACUUGCGUUUAGAAUGCGUGAGCAAUUUGUAUGCAGAUGCAACGUACGCUCGUAGACGUUCCAGCUUGCAGAUACUUUUACUUACGCAAGAUCUUUAUGAUGAAUUCAAAGAUAUACUUUCACUUCCGCAAAUAGGUACUUUACUCCCUCGUCAUGAUUUCCAAAAUGUCGAAUGGAAACAAGACCAAGUUUCGACGAUAUUCCAAUGUUUAAUGCUAGAUACAUACGAAUCGAAUAAGGAAAUGGAAUAUCGGAUCAUAAAAUCAAUUUUGUUGUCCAAUCCAGCAUUGUUGGACUUAAAUCAUUUACACCUGUUUCAUAUUGCACUUAAAUUUGCUGACAGCGUACGACCUAUUGACAGUGUUACGGCUGCAUAUUUGUUAAAAAUAUUCAAGUUAUCUCCUGAUAUAAACUGUGUAGUCGAUUUAGUUUUUGAUUUCUAUGAUGUAAAAUCAGAUCCCGAAAUUCCAGAAGUAGUAACACUGAAAUUAGUUUUACUGCUACACAAAACAUUGCAACAAACGUUAGCUUUAGCAAAAGAAAAGGGAUUAGGAAUGGCAAUCGUUAAAAAUUCUUUAUACGGACAUUUAUUUUGCAUAAGAAGUUUGCUUUCAGAUUGUGACUUAAGAGGCAUGAAAACAACUGAAAUGUGGCAAUUAUUCAUAGAUAAAAUUAUAAAAUUGUGCUUUGAAUUGAAUCGUGCUGUUUCUGUGGUAGUAAAUAAUUCCUCGCCGGAAGGACAUUUACCAAUGGACUCGAAAACAUUAAAUUUAGACGAGACAUUACCCGAGAAGGAAAUUAUAACGCCACAAAUGGUGCUACUUUGUUCUUGGCGCACAGUUAAAGAAGUCAGCCAGUUGUUUGGUCUACUUGCCACCGAAGCGUCGAUACAAACUGCUGAACCUCCAAACGGACUACUGACAAUGGAACAAAUUGAAAAGAUGAUGAAACAUUUAGUCUCGUUAUUGUGCGAAACGAAGCAUAGAGGUGCGUUUGAACAAGUGUACGUUGGUUUUCAUCAAUUAUGCACGCGAUUAUGGCAAUUAACAGACACGACUCUAAAUACGCUCCCUAUGCGUUGGUUGCACGAUAUCUUAAUAGGCAUUACAGGAUUAAUGCCAGGCUACACGAAAUUAUGUGCGACAAGAAGAAGUGCGGGUGUCCCAUUUAUGAUACAGGCAGUGUUAUCCUCGGAACCAAAAAUCCGUAAUAAUUCAAAAGUGGCUGCGUUUCCUUCGGUCAUGAAAAUUUUAUUGCAAUUCUCGCAACUCGAGACAGUUGACAAUCUGCGGCAGGAAGUAAAGAACAUAAUGUACCGAGAUACAAAUAUAUUUUCUGAAUACGAGCAUUUAACUGAAUCGAUAAUAAAAAGUAGCGACGAGCAUCAUGCAGAAACGAUCAAACUUGAUAUAACCGAGAUAAGAAUUCAUUCCAUGAAUAUUCUUAGAGCCUUAUUUAGACAUUGUCAAUUCAGAAACAUGACUAAGAAUUACAUUGCAGACGGUUUCAUAGUUGCCUUUAAAAAUUACGAAAGAACAUGGCCGGAACGUAACGCGGCUACAUUAUUGUUUAGCGCACUUAUGAUACGAACUUUUGGUGUUCAAAGAACCAAGGAUCACAUCAAUUUGACAACGGACAACAAAAUGACAGCGAGAAUAUUUUUCGAUAGAUAUCCCAAUUUGUUGGAUUUUAUUUUGUCUAAAUUGCACGCCUUCGUAUCGAUUAAAGAUAUCAUAAUAGAAUCCAGCGUACAAGCAAUUUUAUUGCUACUAUCACGAUUGUAUAUAAAUUACCAUUUUGAUGGCACCGAUAUUGCUUGGAUAAAUAAAAUUGUUAGUUUGGUAUCGCAAUGCGCUAAAAGUCCUGCACAUAACACACGUGAGCUUGCAGCUAGAGCGCUGGUGUCAUUAUUAACAGAGAGUACAGCCUAUGGCAUGGUGAAAAAGUUACUUUUAUGUACAGCACGAGGUACCCGGAUCUCAAUGAAUCUCACGCAUGGCUAUUUACUACAGAUAUUCGAGAUCUUAACGAGGUUGCCAUCCGUCCGCAUGCAACUAUUAAAAUCUGACGUCACAGAUUUUUUACGCGGGACAGAUUGGAUAUUGAAGGGAUUGGAGAGAAGAACUGAUGAAUUCAGUUGUUUUUUCAUAGCUAGUGUAUAUAUUGACAUCCUUAAUGAAUUAUAUAAUUCAGACAAAAAUAUGGUUGAAAAUUGUAAUAUGGAGGAUAUAUUGUAUAUCCUGCAAGGGCACUUAGUCGCGGAAGAUCUUUUAAGACAAGGACCGGGUGAACAAAUGUACAAAACGUCUGUGAUAAAAUUCAUACUUUCUAUGGCGAAAUAUUCAAGUUUCUUGCAAAAGCUGCACAAUGAGCGAAGUAAUGCAUUCAUCAUAUAUUCACGGCUUUUAAUCAUGCCAGAAGCCGAGAUACAGAGCGUUGCUUGGACUACUGUUUCCGAAAUACUAAAGAAAGAUUCUUAUCCGCAAAGAAAAUUAUUGAGCACUUACGCUAUUCGCAUAAUUACCGAUUUCGCCCCAGAUUUAUAUAAAUAUAAUCCUGAUUUACAAGAUGCGAUUUUUGAUUUCUUAUAUAAUAGCUUGAUGGACGAACGUCGCGUCAUCGACAAACGUGAAAUUUGUAACUUGGUUCUUACGAAAAUACAUCUACAUGAUGCAAAUAAUAUCUAUUCACAACGUGUUAAUUACUUGAGAUUGCUAGGAAAAUGUAUGACGACAAUAACUCGUGAAUUAAAGAAUGAAGAUCUUAAAUGGGAAUACGCGGAAGACAUUUAUAGGAAAGUCUGUGACAACACCUGGAUUGGUUUGUUGAAUGAAAAUUUUAGAUUAUCAGUUUUCGACAUAUUGUACGAACUUUUUGAUAAAGGCCCUACAAGUGCCACAUUGGACUGGUGGACAAUGCUGUUACAAUUAUUAGUCGAUGACAAUGUGGACGUUCGACGCGAUGCGUCCAAACUGAUAUGUAGACUCGAACCGUGCACCGAAUUGGAAUGUUUCGAGAAAAUUUUAGGAACAUUCUUGCAAAAAUUUACCAACAUCGUUGGUUUUAAGUAUCCCGAACUAGCAAUUAGUGCCCUAUUCUGCUGGGGCAUCUCGUUAUUAGGAGAUAUGGAUUACGAAAUGGACGAAACCGAUGUAUUCAACAAAUGUAGGAAUUAUGAUGUCUUCCAACCCGUGAGAAUGGCAGAGUUGUGUUCCACCUUCAUGAAGACGAUAUUUGAGCAUUCCGAAUUUUCCAUUUAUAAAGCAAUACCACCGUGUGCUGUGAAAUGGAUAAAUUAUCGUUUAGGUACUGACUUUCCUGUAGAGUCAACUUUUAAGGAAAUUAUAUAUAAUUAUGAAAGCAAUAUGCCGAAACUCAAAUCUGAACUUGAAGAAUUUUUGGAUCCAACAUUUAAGGAUAAACUAUUCCAAGUUUCAGCAUUUAAAGAAUAUGCAUCGUCUUUAAAAAUUUACUUUCAUUAACAAAUGACAAAGACAUUUAUUUUCCAGUAUAAGGAAGGAUAUUUAAUUUAAAUGAUGAUGAUGAAGAAUGACAGAUAAUUUGUUAAUUGUAUUUAAUUUUAUAUAU